GUUCCGCGUUCCAGCGUUCCGCGGGUUCAGCUCUCCGUCAGCUGUUCGAUGUACAAAGCAAAGGUGGUAUUAGUAAUCGGACUGUAUGCAACGUAUAAUCACUUGUAGGCAUCAUCCGACAUCUGCUCCCAAAAUAUUGUAUAAGCGAGCGCGUGCGUGUAUUUGUAUUUGCGUACGUGCGAAGACGGGUGCGACGAAGAGGUAACGAGCAAGGUUGCUAGAGGAGAGAAAGGGACGCGUAGAAAGAGAAAUAAAGAAGCGGACAGGGGUUCUUGUGCACGCAUCGACUGUGCGAUUUAUGCAAAAUCUCGCGCGUAACGUGGAUGUAUUGACGCAAGGAUUAAAAUACAGUAUAUCAGGACUAAUGAACCUCGCAAAUCAAACUACUGAUCCUCAAAGUGGUGUUUACUUUGUUAACUUCAAUCAGGAUUGCACAUCUUUGGCAGUAGGAUCGAAAGCAGGCUACAAGCUUUAUUCUUUGAACUCUGUCGACUAUCUGGAAAAUAUAUACGAAAAUGAUACCGAGGACAUACGCAUCAUUGAACGACUAUUCAGCAGUAGCCUUGUGGCAAUGGUUAGUCUAUCGUCACCCCGUAAACUCAGAGUCUGCCAUUUUAGGAAAGGAACCGAAAUUUGCUAUUACAGUUACUCGAAUACCAUCUUGGCUGUGAAGCUCAAUAGAGCAAGAUUAGUAGUAUGCUUGCAAGAAUCGUUGUAUAUUCAUAAUAUAAACACUAUGAAGGUGCUACAUACAAUUCGAGAGACUCCACCUAAUUUAGCAGGUCUGUGUACCCUAUCGAUAAACAGUGACAACUGUUAUUUAGCCUAUCCGGGCUCGAAUACAAUCGGAGAAGUUCAAAUAUUCGACGCGAUCAAUCUUCAAGCUAAAACCAUGAUUCCUGCACACGACAGCCCAUUGGCAGCACUUGCAUUUAAUCCUAACGGUACCAAAAUAGCUACUGCUUCUGAGAGGGGUACUGUAAUUAGAGUUUUUCAUGUUCAUGAUGGUACAAAACUAUUUGAGUUUCGACGGGGAGUUAAGAGAUGCGUAUCCAUAAGCAGUCUCGCUUUUAGCCUGGAUUCUAUGUUUCUUUGUUGCUCGAGUAAUACAGAAACGGUGCAUAUAUUCAAGUUGGAGGAACCGAAAGAAAUCGGAGGAACCAAUCGUUACAAACCGCAAGCAACAGAGGAAUCGCAAACUUGGAUGGGAUAUUUAACAAAGGCUGUGUCUGCGUCAGCUAAUUACUUACCUACGCAAGUAACCGACGUUUUUAACCAAGGACGUGCCUUUGCCAGUGUCCAUUUACCAUUUCAAGGUCUGAAGAAUGUUUGUGCCAUCACGGUUGUACAACAGGUACUUAGAUUGUUGGUGGCUAGCGCAGAUGGAUAUUUGUAUGUUUAUAAUUUGGAUACGACAGAAGGUGGAGACUGUACGCUUCUAAAACAGCAUAGAUUAGAUGGAAAACGAGACGAAGUGGAUUGUGCUAGCGUGUCCACUGCGGGAUCGGCGUCUGGGGAAACUACUGCAGCAACUACUGCACGAAUAGUACAAAACGCAGCCUGCAUAAAUAGCUACGCGGGUGUGUUACGCGGACGUUCGCCAGGCUCCAUGUCAGAAUCAGAGAAGUAUCACGAGAUGAUAGCAGCUACCGAGAGCCCAUCGACAUUUUCGUGUACGUUCCGUUUGAAAGAUGACGCUGAAUUUCCUCCUGUUACGCAGAGGAUGGAUUAAACGUGUUAAUUCGAGCAUAUCAGAAUUUUACCAUGAAGAUGACAAUUAUACAACAGCGAAUGGGAAUUAGCAGACCGCUGUGUGUACAGGCCAAGUUGUAAGUUACAACAGUUGUAGUUAAGAUUACAACUUCGACGAAGCAACAAGAUAUAAUGUUUAAUACGUAUAUUAAUUAUUUAAUUGAAUCCAAGAUCACUAGAUAUACUUGUAUGAAGGGUUUCCGUUGCAUUGGAAAGUCCACAGUAUAAAAGUGUCAUCGUAACCUUUUGAUCACACAAUCAUUUUUCCAAACGAUACAUAAAUAUAAAAGAGUUUUACUAUUAUCUAUCAGUAAGAAUUGUUUUCAGAAGAUGUAAUAAGUGAACAUAAUCAAAGCGGCUGUAAACUGCUUUAAAAAGAAAAAAGAUAAAAAAAAAACACACACACACACAUACACAUGUGGAAUAUAAGCUUAAAUUAGAAUCGUGCUUGAGAAUAUUUAGCAGAAAUGCUUAACAUAAUUUUAUGGUAUAUAGACAUCUAAGUAUUUUUACUGUGCAUUAAUACAUAAUGAAUUAUAAUGAUAUAGUACACGUAUUAAAUAAGUCAUUGAGAAUAAAUUAUUUAUAGUAAACUA